AUGUCCGCCAUUACUAUCCCUCGAGAGUUCGUAUAUCCUGUGUCUGCUGUCGUCUCGACCUUAUGGUUGACGACGUGGCAGACCAUCAAAGUUGGAAGGGCCCGCAAGGCAGCGAAUAUCAAGUAUCCCCAGCUGUACGCUGAAAAGGCCGAGGCGGAAGCCAAGAAAGAGGCACAAAUAUUCAACUGCGCCCAGCGUGCCCACCAAAACACACUCGAAAAUUUGCCCUUAAUUGUGGUUGGCACACUCGUGGUGGGGACAAAGUACCCUGUCGUUGCAGCUUCUAUGUGUGGCUUCUGGACAUUCUGCCGCGUCCUGUACACCAUUGGCUACAGCACCGGGGACCCCGCCCGGCGCAGCUACAUGGGCUCAACUGGCUUGGGCGCACUGGCAAUGGUUGGCAUCUUGUUUGGCGCUACUUGGACUUGCCGUCCAAACCUGCAACCACUGAGGCGUCUAUAUGCCGUCGCCUCAUCCUCCUCUCUCCUGUCCCAGUUCUCAUCCACAUGCGCCACCAUGUCGGGUCUAUCGCGCCGCCCAUCGCUGCCCACGACGUCCUCCGCCUUUGCCUUGCCGGCAUCAACGUCCUCAUCAGUGUUCAACAACCCGACGCCUGCAGUAGCCUCAGAUGAUCUUGCCCUAUUCAUGCUCCGUUACCGUCUGCACUCACCUCGAGGCUAUUUAUCCGAAACCCGCCUGCACAGCCCUCUCGCGAUCUCCUUUACCAUUCCGCGAAGGUACAGCACCAGCACCAGCGUCAACGGCGAGGAGUCCGAGAGCGACCGUGACAAAAUGUCCACAGACAGCGACUCGGGUAGUGCUACGCCUCUCUUACCCGCGCCCAUCGUCGGCUCGCUGAGCGACAGCAGCUUGAAGACGAGCAGGCCCCGCAGCCCGGCUACCCCACCUCCGCGCAGCGCCCCUGCAGCGAUGCCGUCCGCAAGCAGCAGCACCAGCGACAUGUCGCUGGAACCCCCGUACCGCGGCGCGCACCGCCGGCGGCCCUCGCAUGCUUUGAGAGUCCCGAGCAUACUCAGGCUCAUUUCCGAGGCGCACCCCGAAGAGAACGAGGUGCAGUCAGAGGCACAGUUCCAGCGACUGGUCGCAUCGGUCUCUGCGCUGCCCACUCGGCCGCGCACCCCACGCGCGGCAUCGGACCGCGGACGAUACCCAGAAGAGGCGGACGUUGAAGAAAACGCAAGGGAAGAAACGCCCAGCGACGACGGCGAACUCGACGACGAUUUGUUCGCAUACAUUAACUCUGUCAAUGCCACUAAGCCCGUCACGCCUGCGCAGAGCAUCAACGGGGACGAUAUCUGCACGCUCGAUAGUCCUAUGGCGGUCGCCAUGGACGUUGAUUUGCCUUCCAUGUCAGGAUCACCCAUCAUGUCCACAUGGAGGUACACCCCACCUCCUACAUCGAGUGCUGUGCGCAGCAACAAGCGGAAAUUGGAAGACCGGUAUGAUCCUUACCCAACAGUUUCCAAGCGGCGCGCGGUCUCGCCGUCUCUGUCCUACCUACGCGCGUCAGGUGGCGCGCCGCGGCUCUCCAUGCCGAUACCGAUACCGGUCCCGCCCAGCGGCCUGAACUCCGGCGCCUCCUCGCCCAUCGUCCCUUCGUCGGGUUCGUACUUCAGCUCCAGUUUCAUCAACCGGACUUCGAGCGCGAUGUCCAGUCCGACGUUGCGUGCCCAGAUCGGACUCUCCAGCCCAGUGCUGAGGCCGAUAAUUCGCUCGCGACGAAUCGCGGGCGAUGAAGAAAGGGAGGUCGAUGGGGCUGGUCACGCUGUGAAUGGGCUAACCCUGAGCGACCCGCACCCUCCCACAUCACUGUAG